AUGGCUGAUAUACCAGCGCAGGCAAUGUUAAACGAAGCUGCAUUAAAAAGAUUUGAUCCGUAUGUAAAAGAGAUAUUGGACACAGCAAAAUUUGUUGCUUUAUAUACGUUUAAUCCGGAAGAAAACGAAUGGGAAAAAACUAAUGUGGAAGGAUCGUUGUUUGUUUAUUCACGUACAGUAUUAAACAGACUAAAUACGACAAACUUAAUUGAACCCAUAAGUCACAAGUUUGAUUUACAAUUACACGAGCCUUUUUUACUGUAUAGAAAUACUAAGUUUUGUAUAUAUGGUAUUUGGUUUUAUGAAAAAGAAGAGUGUACGCGAUUAGCUACCCUUAUUCAAGAACUAAUGAAAAAAUUAGGGGGUAACAAACGGACCCCGAGUAGUUUGAAUUCAAACGGUGGAGCUAACGUAGAUAUAUUUAGCAUGUUGAGUAAAGCCCAAGAAGUUUAUAAUAGUUCUAAAUCAAAUAAUAAUAGUAUUAGUAAAAAUUCAAAUAAAAUGGUUUUACCGCAAGUGGAACAAACACCACAAAGUGUUAUGGACUUUUUUGCUAAAGCUGGAAGUGCACCUCAAAAAGCUGCGGUACCUGCAGGGAAUUCGUCGAGGCUUGUUUUAGGACGAUCUCAAUCAGUUAGAGCAAUAGAUACAAAUGACAAGGGUCCAAUAAAUCCUUUGAUUCAUCAACUUAUGUCUGAUCCAGUACAUUCUGUAGAACAUAUUGAGAAACAGCAAAGAUCUGUGACGCCUCAAACUCUAGAAAGCAAUUCGCAAUUGUUAAAAAAAUUUAUUAGACCAACAUCGGGACAACUCAUAGAUAUAGAUUCUCAACCUGCGACAGAUGAAACUCCGAAAAAGAAUUCUAAAAUGGAAAAUGGUUUAAAUUUUAAAAUGUCUCCCUCAUUUCAGUCAUUAUUUUCACAGCCUAUUUUAGAUGCACCUGAUCUUAGAUCUCUUACCACGCCUAAAACACCCUCUGAAACACCCCAAAAACCAGCACUUAUGCCUCCGGCUAUGUUUACACCUUCCGCUUUAAAAGACUCUUUUUCAAACGAAUCGGAAUUAAAUUUUAAAAAUACUGAAUCGACAAAACCUGAAUUGCUCACAAAAAAUCAAUUAUUACAAGCUUUAAAUUAUCUUUUAAAAAAUGACCCUGAAUUUGUGACAAAAAUUCAUGAAGCAUAUGUUAAAUCGUUAACGGAUAAAGUUUUAUGA